UCUGUGUAUUUGGAUUAGGCACCAGUGCAAAUCUUGGCCGUACAAACGAGACUAUACUGACUUCGAAGCAUAGGCCUUCUUUUUUGAAUAUUUUAUUUUCAUUUAAUUAUUGCCUUGCACCAAAAGACAUGUCAGGCUUUUGUGUCUUUGUGCUUGCAUUCUGCUGGUCGACGAUGGUACCGUGCAUGGGUUAUCCACCAUCAGAAGCGGCACCGGCGCAGCCCUGUCUCGCCCCGUUACAAUGGGAGGGUCGGACCGUUGAAUACGACCACAGCACUGGAAGAAAUACACGAGCAGCGGUCUGCUAUGAUGCACAGAAUCAACGAAUUAGGGUCCUAGAACAGAAGACAGGACACACACCCUGCAAGAAGUUCUUUGAGUACAUCUACCUGUUCAGGAGUGGAGUGCUUUUCCAGAUUGAACAAGUUACUAAGAAGUGUGCAAAGAUUGCACUGACUGAGGCCUGGGACCCUUAUGAUAUACCUCUGAACUCAACGUAUGAGGACCAGUACUUUAUCGGUGGACCUGGAGACAUGAUUGAAGUUCAAGAAUGGUCUGAUCGGAAACCAGCUCGCAAAAAUGAAGCUUGGGUAGGUGUGUACACUUUGAAUGACUGCUAUCCAGUGCAAGAGACGUACACUAAGAACAGUAGUGUGACCACUUCCACUCGCUUCUUUGACCUUCAACUGGGCAUCAGUGACCCUGGAGUGUUCAUCCCACCCAGUACCUGCCAAUCAGCACUCUCUGAGAAGAUAACUACUGACUGCUGAAUAUAACAUUGGUCCUUGGUCCUCAUUAAUACACCUGGUCUCUGCAUUACAUGCUCAAAAUAGAUUAACCAGUGUAGACAGCUUAAAAUGACAGAUAUUCAAUUAACCAAUAUUACACUAAAAAGAACACAUGAAAUUACUGUAAACAAACAUAACUUUAAAAUCAACCAAGAAAGUCAGUUUAUAGAAUUUGUUGAAUUAUAAUGUGAACUAUGCUACAUGUAUAAUUUAAGCCUAAUUAAUAUAUGAAUGUCACAUUCUGGAAAAACUAUAUGAUGUUUAAUAUUAAUUAUGAGUUCUGGUACCUUUUAUCAUUAUUAUUUAUUUUAUUUUGCCUUAACGCUGAUUUACAGUGUGAAUACAUAUCAUUUCAAAAAUGUUGUUUAUAGUUGUUGAAGAAAUCU